GUCAAAAAGAAAGCGCAAAAAAACCGAUUCCUCUUUUCCCAUUGCAAAGAGAAGAAGGUCUUUUCAAUUCAAUAAAGAGAAUACAAUUCCCAAAGAUGACCCAAAUGAGAGGGACGGAGAAGAUUUUCUGGCAAGCUAUAUUUCUAACAUGGAUCAGACUGAAUUUGAACGCUCACAGGCUUCUACUUGGGAAGAAAGUGAAACUGUUCUUCAGGAACGGCAGACAAACAGCAAUGAAAAUAAAGCUGGAUCAGAAAAGGAGAGAGGGGGGGGCCUUUUUGAUAUGGGUACAUCUGCUGGUGAAAAGGAGAGUGUCGGGCUGCCUGGACACUCAGACCUGAGAAGGGAAAGUGGUGUUUGCCAAAAACCAGACUCCUCUGAAAAGCAAGAGGCAAAUGAUCCUUGUGUAAUUCCCGUGACUCGUGCAAGAUGUUCUCAGACAGAACAGAGGCACAGGAGUGCUGAAAAAGUGAUGGACAUUAUGACAGAGUCAGCUGUUGUAGUGCUGGUGGAUUACUGUGAGCUCAAACAACUGCUGGAUAUGGUCACUGAUCUAACAAAGGAGGCUGAUAUAUUCUAUUUUGAAAAAUUAUACACUAAAAUUUGUCAGUGUAUUUAUCAACAUCAAGACGAUUAUGACAAAACCAAAUUACUGAAGGUAAUUUUUGUCUUAUAGCAUGUUCUAUCACUCGUAUGCAGUGUAUGUGCAUUCUGGAGAUCGUGCUGCUUUAGCACUACUCUUCACUGUUUUGUUGUCUGUGCAAAGACAAAAACCAAAGUAAGACUUUGUCAUUUCAGUCUGGGAGGCACUUCUCCAUAUUGCAAAACCAUUGUUAGAUUUGGCAUAAUUGGUGGUUUCAGCAGGAAAAAGCUUGAACUUGAAGACAAUGAGUCACCCACACGGCCCUUUCCAAGCAGUUAGCAUUAAUCUGUCAGAAGUUUUUCUUGAGAACUGACUUAAGGGUGGGGGGCUGUGAAGGGGUGCUUUUCUCAGUGUUCUGCUUCCUCUUUCACCCCUGCAGGCAGGAAGACACGGUGAUACUUGGUAGACGUUCCACCCUUAAGAGCAAUUAAAGUAUGAAACAUUAACAGGAGAGAUUCUAGUGAGACUAGAGAAAAGUCUCAAUUUCUAACCAGUGUGCUUGAGCAUCUGUAAUUGGACGUAAAGGGAGAUUUCUGCCUGUGCCAGUUGUACACUACUGGGUCCAGCUCUCUGAU